CAUAUGUUGGAAAAAUCUCAGCCUUCUACUGCGAGGCUUUUCUCUUCUUCAUCUCUCGCUUGAAUGUUAGCCGAGACCAAAAGUUGAGAUCGGCGCCAGAUACAUCCCGCCACCAUGAGCGACACGGAGAAGGCUGCGGCUUCGCAUACAUCAGACCCAGGAACGCAGGAUAUUCCGCGCGACCCGGAUGCGCAUCUCAGUGAAGAUGAGAGACUUCAAAUCGAACGUAAGCUAGUCCGACGGCUUGACUGGAUCUUGAUUCCAUGGCUUUGCAUCCUCUACCUCUUGGCAUUCCUCGACAGAACCAACAUCGGAAAUGCGAAAAUCGCCGGCCUAAAUAAGGACUUGGGCUUGACCAGCUCCAUGUACAACUCGUCGCUCACAAUCUUUUUCGUCUCGUAUGCGGUGUUCGAGCCCUUGACGAACAUUUUGCUCAAGAAGUUGCGGCCGUCUAUUUUCAUUCCGAUCAUCAUGAUCCUCUGGGGUGCAUCGAUGACAGGCAUGGGAUUCGUACACAACUGGAGUGGGUUGAUGGCCGCACGCUGGUUCCUAGGUCUUACCGAGGCUGGACUUUUCCCUGGUGUCAACUACUAUCUGUCAUGUUGGUACAAGAGAUCAGAAUUUGGCAUUCGUGCUGCCAUCUUCUUCUCAGCAGCAGCCAUCUCGGGCUCAUUCGGCGGCGCCCUCGCAGCAGGCAUCGAACAAAUGGCCGGCGUCGGCGGCCGCCCAGGCUGGGCAUGGAUCUUCAUCCUCGAAGGCCUCCUCACCGUGCUCUUCGGCGUCGCCUCCUUCUGGAUGGUCCACGACUUCCCUGACGAGGCAAAGUUUCUCUCCGAAGACGACCGGGCUCGCGUCAUCCGCCGCCUCAAGAUGGACCAGCAGGCCUCUGCCAACCACGAGGAGUUCAAGAUGACCUUCUUCUGGCAGGCCGUCAAGGACUGGAAGAUGUGGCUGGGCAUGGUCAUCUACAUGGGUUGCGACAUGCCGCUAUACGCCUUUAGUCUGUUCUUGCCGACUAUCGUCAACGAACUUGGGUGGAAUACGAGUAUCGUCCGAUCGCAGCUGAUGACGGUGCCGCCUUAUGCCGUGGCGGCAAUUUUCACAGUUUUUAUCGGAUAUGUCGCGGACAGGACACAGCAACGCGGUCUAUGUAACAUCGGAGUCAGUCUCAUUGGCAUUGUCGGCUUCUGCAUGCUCAUCGCUACCGAGAGCGCACCAGUCAAAUAUGCAGGCACCUUCCUCGGCGCUCUCGGCAUCUACCCGUGCAUCGCCAACACCAUCACAUGGGUCGCGAACAAUAAUGAAGGCGUCUACAAGCGCGGCGUGGUGCUUGGAUUCGUGAUCGGGUGGGGGAAUCUGAACGGCAUCGUCAGUUCCAACAUUUACUUCCACGGUCCGCGGUUCCCGGAGGGUCAUGGUGUUGUGUUGGCGUACAUGUCCAUCUUCUUGUGCGGCGGCAGUGCUCUCAUGACGACGUUGCUGAGGAUCGAGAACAAGAAGAGGAGGCAGGGCAAGAGAGACCACUGGGUUGAGAACAAGUCCGAGAAAGAGAUUGAGGCGCUUGGGGAUAAGAGGCCGGACUUCCAGUACACCUUGUGAUGGGCAGGACUGAAGUUCCAGCGAAAGCUUCUCUAGUUAUGGAGGAUGAGUGUUAUAGACAGCUUCUUAAGAGAAAGAACAAUGUUCUCAACUGGGAAAGAUCACACGGCCAAAGAGAUGUACCAAUGCUGUGGCCGACGUGUCUCUAUCGGUGCAGAAUUUGACACCUCCGGAUCAACUAAGACUUGAAGUCUGCCGUGACAGUCAUAGAAGCUCAAAUUAAUCGAGUCAAGAUCUCCUUGCGACGGAGGCAAACGGGUGACGGAGGCGAGGGAGAUUCUCCUGCUUGGGAAGAGAUGAUAAGCCUAGAACCGAGCUCGAGAAAUCA